AUGAAAUAUACGGUUGAGUUUGAAAAAAAGUUAAGGAAUAAGCUAUUUUAUUUAUAUCAUCUACCAAUUGUCUCUAAUGAUAAUUGUCGACAUUAUAUAAGAAAAUUAUUUCUUUAUAAAAAGUUGGAAAUCUUAUCAUUCCAAAAGGCGAUUUCCAAAUUUAAAAAUGAAGAUUUACCAACAAUAUUUUAUGGACCAUUAGGUUAUUUAUUUGAUUUAAUUAAAAAUAAAUAUAAUUAUAAAAAUUAUUUACCAUCAGUUAAAAAAAACAUGAAGUUAAUUUCUUCCAAUAAAUAUUACAGCUACAAAGAAACAAGAAUACAUGAGUAUUCAGACAUUUCCUUGCUUGUUUACUCCUAUCUUUUUUUAAAGUUUGUAAAUGAACAUAAAGAUAAAAAAUUAUCUUUUAAUCAUAUACUUUAUGAGUUCCUUUAUAUAUGUGAUGAUGAACAUAUGAUUGACAAUAUCUCUGAAAUGUGCCAUACUUACUACUUCAAUGUCCUGAAAAAUAAAACUAUUCUUGCAAUUACAGAUAAAAAGAUGGAAAAUUUGAAAUCCAGCAAAGCUUCUCUUGAUAACCCAUUUCAAGAUCAAAAUGUAAGGAAGCAUAUAAUUAAAAAUAAUUCAAAGAAAGAAGUUUCUGAAAUGUUUGGACAUAAUAAUGUCAUAACGUACUCGAAUAUAAAUAAUCCUGAUUUCAGUACAAACAAAACUAUUAAUAAGUCUGAUUUGACUAAUUAUACAUUGUCUCAACAAAACAAUGAGUGUAGUAAUAAAGUAUCAAAUAGAGUGAAUUCAAAAAAUAUUAUUCUUAGUAAAACAAAUGAUAUUACUAAAAUUAAAGGCUGGAGAAAAAAAAAAUUUGAUUUAAAAAACAUCGGGAAAGGAAAUAUAAGCUGUACAAACAGAGAUGUUGCUUCUGUUAAUUUGAGUUCAAAAAACACCAGCUUUCUAAAUGCUAAGAAAGAACUUUUGGUUGAGGAUCAUCAUAUUAUUGCCAAAUCUAUUGAUACAAAUUUGAAAAAUAUUCAGGAAGAAAACAUGAGUUAUUCCACAGAAAAAGAUGUUUCAUCUACCAAUAUAUGUCUAGAGAUAACUAGGUUUCUUGAAGUCAAGUUAGAAGGAUCUUCAGUUGAUGAAGAUCAUAUUGAAAAUUGCAUGGACAGCUUUAUUGGUGAUACUGACAAUGAUGCAAAUGAUGAUUCAUUAAAUAUUCCUAAUAACUUAUAUUUGAAACACCUAUCUGAAGAUUUAAUACAUCAAAAUGUGUUAGAGGAAGAAACUAUUGAAAAUUCAUAUUUGCAAGUAAAUUAUCACCUUGAAAAUACAUCUUUUCAGUUACAAAAGCCAUAUAAAAAAAAGAAAAAAUCAGAAAAACUUUUAAAGAAAGAUUCUGAUAAAAUUGUUCGUCUUUUUAAUAUAGUGAACAAACUAAAUCCAUUCAGUUUAGCUGAUGUUUUUAUUUGGUGUUGUACCCAUUCUCGAUUUGGUUGUAGUUGCACUGGCAAAAUAAUUUUCUUAAAAUAUAGCAAAUUAAUAUGGAAACUAUCAAGUCAAAUGUCAUAUCUAUCUGUUAAAGAUAUGUCGAAAAUUACAAUUAAUAAUAAUUUUCCAAAUUGCCAUGUUUUUAAUCCUAAUAUUCAUUCUUCUCGAACAAUUGGUUCUUUAUUUAAUUAUAAAUUGAGAAAUAGUGACCCUAUUUAUAGAUUCAAAAGAAUUGGUGAAAUCAUUAAUUUUGUUCUUUCAAGUACCAAUAGUUUUAUAAAAGUAAAUUCCAAUAAUCUUUUAAUUUCUAAUAAACAAAAUGUAAAAGAACUUAAGCCUUCCUUUGCUGUUAAAAUGAAUAAAAACAAUGAAAGUAUCACUGGUGAAAUAUCUAUAAACCUCAGUAAAGAAGACAUUAGCAAUGAAGAAAAAAAAAUAUCUUUUAAAGAAAGUAGUGAUGAGACCUCUCAUAUAAUAAUCAAAAAAGGAAUGUCUUUGGAAAAAAAAAAACUCCAGGCAAUUAAGAGAUCAUAUGGAGAUGGAUUGACUCAUCUUCAGGAGAUGAAAACCAUUUCUGCCAAUUCUGGUUCAGGAAGAAUUGAUGAAAACAGAUUAGGUGAACAUUUCAAUAAAAGUGAUAUAGUAAAGGAAAAAAAUAAACCAUUUUUUCAAUAUGGCUUGGUAUGCUUAACUACAGGAUUUGGAUUUUUGAUUGUAAAAAAGUUUACUAAAAACGAAUUAGUAAUUCAAGAUCCUCUUUGUCAUAACAAUUUUCGUGGUUUUAAAGAUUUAUUUACAGCUAAUGAAUGGUUGAACAGAUUACUUAAACACCGUAUGAUUUUUGAGUCAGCUGAAACAAAUCUUAAAUGGAUAGUGGUUAAAGGUUUUAUUUUGAAAUAUUUACGCCCAUUUGACAUAUCAUUAAUUGAACAACCUACUAAAUAUGUCAAUAAACAUGGAAUCCUCACUAAUAUGCCUGUUACUAGUUUCAACCAGGAAAUAAAGCAAAGUGAUAUAGUAAAGGAAAAUUAUAAAACAUUAUUUCAAUAUGGAUUGCUAUGCUUAACUGAAGGAAUUGGAUUCUUGCUUGUAAAAACGUUUACUGAAGACAAAUUACUAGUUCAAGAUCCUAUACGUAGAAAUAUUUUUCGUGGUUUUAAAGAUUUAGAUAAAGCUAAUGAAUGGUUAAACAGAAUAUUUAAACACCAUUUGAUGUUUGAGUCAGCUGAAAUAAAUCUUAAAUGGAUAAUUGUUAAAGGUCGUCUUUUGGAAUAUUUAUAUCCAUUUGACAAAUCAUUAAUUUUUCAACCUACUAAAUAUAUCAAUAAAGAUGGAAUCCUCACUGAUAUGCCUGCUACUUGUUCCAACCAGGAAAUAAAGAAAUCUGAGAUGUCUAACCACUAUCAACAGAGUGGGCAGAAUUUAACUAAAAGAGGAGCUUGUGGUGAAAUCAUUGAAAAUAUGUUCAACUCUGAAGUAGUGCCUUCUAAGAAAGUUAAAAAAUGUUCUGUUAGGUUGGAGAUAAUGAAUUUAAACGAUAAUGAAGGCCCAUCACUUUUGCCUAAACUUCCAGAAUAAAGAAUAAUUCUAAUUUCUUAG